AUGGAAGGUACGAUCAUUGACUGUCUAUAAUAUUUUUAGAGUAUUUUAUUUUGUCUCACCUAUCGUUUCGCGAUCGAUCGACUGUCAUGUCGUUGAGAAACAUCGCCCGGAAGCUGCUGCCGUCGCGUCCACGGAUCUUCAGCUCCGGUCUUGCUCCGCCGUCGCCGCAACAUCAGCCUCGACGGUCCGUCGGCGCAUAUGAAAACGACGGCAAGACGUACGUGUCCAUGUUAAAUAACAACAACAUCCGGGACGGCAUCAUGAUAUCCGCUUACAGCCAGUACGGCUUCCGGUUGAACAACGGGUUCGCGGUGCUCGGGCCGAUCGUGUGCUUUGCCAACUCGAUAAUGGCUUGGCGCGUAAACGACGAUCGGGACGUAAACGUCGACUCACUGUCGAUGCUGUUCCACCUGGAACCCGCGCCCUCCGUCAUCGUGCUGGGCCUGGGCAACGGGUCGCAGCGGAGUCGCCGCGACGAUGAUUACCGCCAGCUGCAGCUGAACCGGCGUCAGUUGGACAAAGUGGUGUUGGCCGCGGCACGGCAAUACGGGUGCACCGUCGAGGUGCUGCCGGUGGACGCGGCACUGGCCACGUACAACUUCGUMAUCAGUGAGGGUCGGCAUGUGGCCGGUGCGUUCAUACCGCCGCGGUUCAUACCGGCGAUGGACGACGACGCGAUCACGGCUAACACGCGCCACAUCCACCUGUACGGCGAGGACGUACCGGUCACCGACGUGUGGCUGGACGCGGAUGAGCAAAGCGAGCUGAUCACCACCAACUACCGAGAGUUCGGCGAAGUGGUGGGCGCGCAGAAAGCGGCCGACCACGAGAGGCGGGCAAAAUUGGCCGGAGAAAAGGACCCCGAGAARAAGAUCCGGUGAUCUGCGAUGACCGCGUUGUACCKUAGCUGCCUUUUUUGUAGUCGACCGUUGUUAAAUGUCCCAUUUACCUGUAAUUUCCAACGUUAUUGUUGUUGUACAAAUAUACAUAAUUUAUUUGU